GACGCCCGCCCGUCCCGGUGACGGGGGCGCGCCGCGGCGGGGCGCUCCCUGCUCCUCGCCCGCCUUCCCCGGCCGCGGGGGGAGAGCCCGGAGGCGCCGGGCCGCAGCCUCCGCCCCUCCCGCGCCCCGCGGCGGAGGCGCCGCCCCGGGGGGAGCGGAGUUUCGCCACGCUCCCUAACGGCCGCGCUGCCGGCGCGGCGCAGCCAGGAGUUUCGCCACGCUCCCGUAGCCCCCUCGUGGGGUGGCGGCGCGGUGCAUGCCGGGCCCGAGGCGGACUGUCCCUUCACUGCGCGAGGAGUUGGGAGCCGCGCCUGCCGCCAUGUUCUGCCGGGCCGCCGCCGCCCGCGGCCUCUAGCCGCCCCCGCCCCGCCCUGCCGCCCCGCUGCCCGCCAGCCAGCCGGCGGAGGAGGCGGACGAAGGCGCCGCCGCACCCAGCAGCAGACGGCGCCGGAGCCUGGCAGCGCCCAGCGAUGUCCACCAAGGAGGGGAGCAAGGUGCUGCUGCUGCCGUCCCACGCCACCAGCGAGCGCGCCGUCAAGGCUGUCCCUUUUCCACCAACACAUCGCUUGACAUCUGAAGAAGUGUUUGACACAGAUGGAAGACCAAGGGUUGACAUUUUGAAGAACCACUUGAUAAAAGAAGGCCGAGUGGAUGAAGAAAUUGCACUUAGAAUCAUCAAUGAAGGUGCUGCAAUAUUGCGGAGGGAAAAGACAAUGAUAGAAGUUGAAGCUCCAAUUACAGUGUGUGGUGAUAUUCAUGGCCAGUUCUUUGAUCUAAUGAAGCUGUUUGAAGUGGGAGGAUCACCUGCUAACACAAGAUACCUCUUCCUCGGUGACUAUGUAGACAGAGGUUAUUUUAGUAUAGAGUGUGUACUGUACUUGUGGGUCCUGAAAAUUCUCUACCCAAGCACAUUAUUUCUUUUGAGAGGCAACCAUGAAUGCAGACACCUAACAGAGUAUUUUACCUUUAAGCAAGAAUGUAAAAUAAAGUACUCAGAAAGAGUCUACGAUGCUUGUAUGGAAGCUUUUGAUUGUCUCCCUCUUGCUGCUCUUUUAAAUCAACAGUUUCUUUGUGUUCAUGGUGGACUUUCACCAGAAAUUAAUACACUAGAUGACAUUAGGAGGUUAGAUAGAUUCAAAGAGCCUCCAGCAUUUGGACCAAUGUGUGACUUACUAUGGUCAGAUCCUUCAGAAGAUUUUGGAAACGAGAAUUCACAAGAGCAUUUCAGUCACAAUACAGUCAGAGGAUGCUCAUACUUUUAUAGCUAUCCAGCAGUUUGUGAAUUUUUGCAAAAUAAUAAUUUAUUGUCAAUCAUCAGAGCACAUGAAGCACAAGAUGCAGGUUACAGAAUGUACAGGAAAAGUCAAACUACAGGGUUCCCGUCAUUAAUAACAAUUUUUUCAGCGCCUAAUUACCUGGAUGUCUACAAUAAUAAAGCUGCUGUAUUAAAGUAUGAAAACAAUGUGAUGAAUAUUCGUCAGUUCAAUUGUUCUCCUCAUCCUUACUGGCUACCAAAUUUUAUGGAUGUUUUCACAUGGUCUUUGCCAUUUGUUGGAGAAAAAGUAACAGAAAUGUUGGUGAAUGUUUUGAGCAUUUGCUCUGAUGAUGAACUGAUGACAGAGGGAGAAGAUCAAUUUGACGUAGGUACAGCUGCCGCACGGAAAGAAAUAAUCAGAAACAAAAUUCGUGCAAUUGGCAAGAUGGCAAGAGUCUUCUCUGUUCUCAGGGAGGAGAGUGAAAGUGUGCUGACACUCAAGGGUUUGACUCCCACUGGAAUGUUACCUAGUGGAGUGUUGGCUGGAGGACGACAGACCCUGCAAAGUGAUGCAUUCUAACUGGAAACUCUUCACAAAGUUUGAGUGCAGGAGAUCAAGUUUUAAAAUGUAAGUUUUGUUUGGUUGGUUUUUUUUUAAUCCAGCACCACCUACAGUCUAUGCAUGAUGUCAUAUAUGUGACUCAGCGAUCUAGGAUCAAUCACAUCACGUGAUGAACAUUAUGAUGGUCCCUUUCUCCUUGUAAGCACUAAUGGAAAAUUUCUCAACCUCACAAGACAGUAUUUUUCACAACUGAUACUCGGAUCUUGACUGUGGUGACUGUUCUGACUAGCUGGAGUGGUGCAUGUGGAGAAAGUGCAGACUCAAGCUUUGUCUGUCGCAUCGUAAUUGGAGAGAACUGGUUCUGAUUCUUGCAUGGCAGCAAGUGCCCGGCUGCAACGACGCUUGCUUUCCUUGAGGAUUCCCUCAUGAGAUCCGUUGUCUGUAGUAGUUUUUGGCAGGUACAAAGGCAGAUCAGCAAUAAAGGAAAAUUUCUUGGGCGGUUGUUGACCUGAUUUCUCAGGCUGUGUGUCUCCUGUCUCCCUUUAAGCAAGUAGUCAGGUAACAGGUUUUUAUGUCCAUGGGUUUUCUUUGUUUGGAAAUUAGGUACUCACUUUUUACUACUGUGUUUCUGAAAGGUGGAGUCUGGAACUGUCUCUAAUUCUUGCAUUGUUGGGGAGAAGAAAUUAUAUCCUCCCUCCCGGAAAACAGUAAGUAGUUUGCAUUGCUCGUUUUCAGCUCUCACUGUGUUAAAGAUGGGAAGAAAAAAAAAAAGUCCUUAGUCUGUUCUUGGGUGGGGAGCGGAGAAGGCUUGGAAAUAGCUCUGCCAGCAAAAGGGCACAGGUAGCAGAAGCACUGAGAGGCGUGGCUGGUCCCUGGCUGGAGUUGGAGCUUUCCUGCCCUGGGCUGGGUGAAUACCGUGUGGGUCCUGGGGACCAGGCCGCUUCUUCCCUGAACAACGCUGUCACCUGCGGUGCUCCUACCCGCAGGGCACCAGCAGAGAGGCACGUUCAGAGGUGGGCUGGGAGCUCUGAGAGGUGUCAAUGCAUCGUAGUGGAGCUGAGAAGCAGGAGUAAAGAUCGUGCUCGAGUAAGGUUUUGGGGGCUUAUUCUAAAGCAGGGACUUGCGCUGUAAAGAAACUUGCUGCCACCCAGUGAGCCAAGCGGGGAAGACCAGCCUAGUUCACACGAUCCUACCUAUAUUUAGUUUAAUGGCAAACUCACGAUUUUAACACUAAAAAUAAAUCUGGGUGCUUAAGAACAGCCUUCCUUUCAAAGAUUACGAAAUUCCAGUUAUGAAACAGAAAAAUUACUACAGUCAUAUCUAUUGACUUGUGAAGAUUGGCCUCUCCAGCAAAAAGACACAGGGUUGGGAUUGGGGCUGGUUUUCUCUUAGAAAGAGGCAGGUCCCUUCUGGUUUGAGUCUGAACACUUUUUGAGAGGAAUAGUCUCAUGAACAGCUUGCUUUUUUCCUAAUGUUUAAUCUUGAAAUGUCAUUAUGUUCGUUGCAUAGAAAAAGAUGGGUUUUUUUCAGAAGAAGGACAGACAGGAUCCGGUCAUUCUUCCCUUGGCUAUUUUUUGCUAGUUUCAUUAUCAUCAAGCACUCACUUCUUGUUAGCCAUUUAACAAUUCUUUGUUACUAGCAUGUAAUGAAAGUAACUUUUUGCCAUAGAACAGAUGAAAGUCAUUAGGACGUAGAACCCUAUUCUUUGGUUUAUUUUCUUGUAGUAGUAGCAGUACACAUGAGCCAGACUUAAUCGCUGUUCUGCUUCAAAUGACAACUGAAAUGGUGGGGUUUUUUUAGUCACGUAAAAAGACAGAGGCACCACAAUAUGCUUUGAUUAUUAAAUGAUAAGCUUCACUGCUAAGAAAGUUUGCGCAAGAGCAAAGAAACAAGAACCAAAGCUUAUGAUGAGCUCUUGGUCAAGCUUGGAAAGGUACUGACAGAUGUAGCUACAGGUAUUAGUGGAUACUUGCACCAAGGAUGCCCAGAGUAAUGCAGAGUGGAAUGUCUGCUAGUCUCCCAAAAUCAACUUCCAUCUGUUUGUAUUAGAAGUAAUUAAUUUUAAACUAAACUGUAGUUCUAAUUUCAAUAUCAGAAAAAGUUUAAAGUCAGUCAGAUUCAGGUUGCAGAACAUUGAGGUCAGUGAAAUACUUAAGCUUUUUUUUGGUAUGGUAAAUGUGAUACCUAGUCUUGUUUUGCAAAAAACUCUGUGUAUGUGCUCUGUAAGAGUGAAAGGUUUGCCAUAUUAGAAGCAACUCUACCAGCCCUAGCUAUUUUCAUUUGAGGGUAACAGAAAUACGAUUUUGCUGGUAGUGUGAAGUUGUCCUAGAAUACAAUCAUUGUUUGUUAAAGCGCUGCUUAGAAAUGUUAGGAAAUGCAUUUCUGGCUGCUGGGCUUAAGACUUCUGUUAAGUUUAUGGCUGGGGACAAACUGACCGUGGCUUUCUAACAAACCAAAUGGGCUAUUCAAAGUUGUUCUUUUUUAAACCAUUUGAAAACAUCCACAUAGUCAUUUAUAUUGUCUGGGUCACGAUCACUUUGUUUGGAUUUACAUGUGUUCUGUAGCUUUCGCGUUUAGAUUCUAGCUUUUUUCAUUGCUCAGUCAUUUGCUGUGUAACCCACUCCUUUACAAGGAGAUCCUUCAAAUUAGAUCCAAGACGAUGUCUCCUUUGCAUUGCAGCCUUAAGCACGAUGGUAACUAAUUUAAUAAAUUAAAUAGGGGGUAGAGUCAGAUUCUGCUAAGGCCCUUAAACUGUCAGUGUAAUGUGAUUUAAACUGAGCACUUGCACAUUAAGAUGGAAAGAGAUUAAGGGGGGAAGGGGUAAAGUGCUUGAUAUCACAGCCUCAGGCUUUUGUUGUCAGC